AUGCCUGCCCCGCCUGGGAAGUACCCCGGCGGCGGGUUGUGCGCUCUUCUUCUUCUUCUUCGUCAUAGUCGUCGUCGUCGUCUUCUUCAUCCUGCUCUCCCUUCUGGGCUCCGGCCAUGGAGGGCGAGCAUCCACCAAGCGACACUCCACAGUGGAGAUGACGGCAGCGCCGCCGCCACCGCCGGAGAAAAAGAACUGGGUGAUCAGAGAAAUGGCGGAGUAGCAGCCCUGAAAGAAGAGAACCAGGAAAGCGCCGCCGUGAGGCGGCUGUGCGAGCUUCUCCGGGGAAGAAGGUUCUUGGCCGCCGUCGACCUCGCCAAAGCCACCAUCUCCGGCGAGAAGCUCCCCUUCUCCUCCCCCUCCGAGCUCUUCCGCGCUCUCUCCUCGUCCUUCCCCACCGGCACGGCCAUCGCCGCCGAUCUCCUCAUCCGUGCCUGCGCAGACCUCAACCUGCCGGAGCAGGCGUUCGCCGUCUUCUCCGCCGCCGUGGAGAAGGCCCUCCGCCCCUCCACCACCUCCUGUAACCUCCUUCUGCACUCCCUCGUCUCCUCCCGCCGCUACGGCGACGCCUUCUCUGUGUUCUACGAGAUGGAGAAGUCCUCGCCGUCGUCUUCUUCCUCCGGCGCCGGCGACGGCGGCGGCCCAGAUGGGUUCUCCUACGGCAAGGUCAUCCUCGCCGCCGUCAAGUCCGGCGACCUGAACCAGGCGAUGAAGCUGAAGCUACAGAUGAAGGAGAAGCACGGCCUGUCCCCCACCGUCUUCAUCUUCAACAUCCUCAUCUCCGCCGUCUGGAAGCUCCGGGGAGCCCCCGCCGCAGGCGACCUGUUCGACGAAAUGCUCAGCUCGGGCGUCCACCCAAACCUCGUCACCUUCAACGCCAUGAUCGACGGACACUCACGUAAUGGAGACCUGCCGGCGGCGAUUAGGGUUUGGGAGAAAAUGAAGGUCUCCACCUGCAAGCCCAACGCCAUUACUUACAACUCCAUGCUCGCCGGAUUCUGCCGCGCCGGCCGGCCGGCGGCGGCGAAGCAGCUGGUGGCAGAGAUGGAGGCCACUGGCAUCUCUCCCGACGGGUACACCUACAGCAUCCUCUUCUCCGGCGGGCUCGCCGCCGGCGACUCCAUCUCCCUCCUCGAGGAGCUGAUCAGGAAGGGCAUCCCCAUGGACGACUACCCUGUUAGCAUCAUCCUCAACGGGCUCUGCAAGGAAGGGAAGCUCUGCAAGGCGGCGGAGAUCUUGGAGCUGUUGUUGCAGAGGGGAAGCUCCGCCGCCGGUGAGGUUGUCUUCAACACCGUCAUCGAUGGGUUCUGCCGGAAGGGCGACAUGGAAGGAGCCUUCGCCAUGCUCCGGCGAAUGGAGCUCGCCGGAGUCCGCCCCGGUUGCAUCACCUACAAUACGCUCAUCAAUGGGCUCUGCAAGUCGCAGAAGCUCGAGGCUGCGGCGGAGCUCGCCGGAGCAAUGGCGACGAAGGGAGUCCCUCCAAGCGUGGAGACCUUCAACACCCUGGUCAACGCCUAUGCGAAGGCCUUCCUGUUCGAGCGGUGCUUCGCCAUGAUCGAGCAUAUGCAGAAGCUGGGACUCCGGCCUAACGCCAUGACCUACGGGGCCCUCCUCCAUGGCCUCUGCAAGAAGGGCAAGCUCGCCGAAGCGGAGCUCCUCUUCGAGGACAUGCCCACUAGAGGAAUAAACCCUAACGCGCAGACCUUCAACAUCCUCAUCGGUGGGUACUGUAAAUCCGGCAGAGUGGAGAACGCCAUUAAGCGUCUGGAAGAUAUGAAGGAGAAGAACAUCUCCCCGACCAUCGUCACCUUGAACACCAUCAUUGACGGGCUCUGCAGAGAAGGGAAGGUGAAGGAAGCCGAAGAGCUGGCGGCGCAGCUAAGAGAGAAAGGUCCUCCCCCGGACAUGAUCACCUUCAACUCCAUUAUCAUGGGGUUCUGCAAGCUCGGGGACAUCCGCAGGGCUCUCGAGGUCUACGAGGAGGUGAAGAAGCAAGGUCUCAGCCCCACCAUAGCCACCUUCCACAUCCUGAUCAGGGCGGCGAGCUUGGAGGGGAUGAUCCAGCAGGUGGAGGGCUUGUACAGGGAGAUGCAGGAGCAGGAGCUGGUUCCUGACAGGGCCCUGUACAACGCGCUGAUCCGCAUGUAUUCCUGCUCCGGGGAGAUCCACAGGGCGUUGACUUUUCGGGAGGAGAUGAUGGAGAAGAAUAUCCCUGCCGACGAGAUGACGUACACCAGCCUGGUGAUGGGCUGGUGCAGGAAGCUGGACAUGGAGGAGGCGAGGAGGAUCUUCCAAGACAUGCGGACCAACGGGGUGGCCCCCAGCGGGCUCACUUACGGGACGUUGGUCAAUGGGUACUGCAAGUUGCACGACUUUGACCGCGCCCAGGCCCUGGUUAGAGAGAUGGUGGAGGAGGGCUUGUCUCCCAGCGCAGGUACAGUGGAUGAGCUCCUGAACGGCCUCAGGCAGGAAGGCCGCAUGCAGGAGGCUGAGUUGCUCUACAACGAGAUGAGCGAGAAGAUCGCGAAGACUGAGGGCGCUUGUCCUGUGGGUCCCACCCAGAAUCCACAGGGAAUACAGGUCUCCGUCUAG